UCUCUGCUUGUCCUCACUUCCAUCUCUCUCUUUCUCAACCCGCCAUGGUCGCUGGAGAGAGAUUCAUCAGUAAAACAUCCAUUAACGGCGAUCGCACCACAAAGCUCCACUGUCAUAUUCUGCAUUAGUUCUGAAUCUCUCUCUCUCUCUCUCUCUCUCUCUCUCUCUCGUAUCGAGGAGACAAUGUCGCUGCCAACGCAGACACCUCCCCCAUCGCUGGAGUCAUGGGACUGCAUGCUUCCCGGCCCGCCAAGCCGUAGCAACGGCGGAUCCGCCGACCUCAGCUCCUCCGGCCUCCUAGCAUUUGCCUCUGGUAGCAGCGUCGCCGUUGUCGACUCCCGCUCUAUGCAACUCAUCUCCGUCCUCCCCAUGCCCCCGCCGGCCUCCUCUGCCCUCUCUCCCUUCGUCACCGCCGUCCGCUGGACGCCCCAGUCCCUCCGCCGCGACCUUCUCACCCACGAACCCUCCACCUCCCACCUCCUCCUUGCCGCCGGCGACCGCCAGGGCCGCAUCGCGCUCUUCGACUUCCGCCUCCGCUCCGUCCUCCUCUGGUUCGAAUCCUCCGCUGAUUCAGUAUCCAAAUUCGGCAUCCAAGACCUCUGCUGGAUCCAAUCCCGACCCGACUCUUGGAUCCUCGCCUCCCUUGUCGGCUCCUCCCUCCUCUCCCUCCACUCCGCCGUCACCGGCCGCUGCUUCUGGAAAUAUGACGCUUCCCCUGAAUUCUUCUCCUGUAUUCGCCGCGAUCCUUUUGAUUCGCGGCACUUCUGUGUGUUGGGGCUCAGAGGGUUUCUCUUGUCUGUGAAGGUUCAUGGCGAUACUGAAGACGAGGUCGCGAUUAAAGAGCUUCAGAUUAAGACUGAUUAUACUGAACUGCAGAAGCUGGAAAAAGAUGCAGUCAAUGAGUCUGUUUCGUCGCCGGCGCUGGCGGUGUUUCCUCUUUAUAUGGCGAGGUUUGCGUUUUCGCCGCAGUGGAAGCACAUUUUGUUUGUGACGUUCCCGAGGGAGUUGGUUGUGUUUGAUUUGCAAUACGAGACGUCCCUGUUUGCUGCUGCAUUGCCGCGUGGGUGUGGCAAGUUCUUGGAUGUGUUGCCGGAUCCAAAUUAUGAAUUGCUCUACUGUGCCCACCUCGAUGGGAGGCUCAGCACCUGGAAACGGAAAGAAGGAGAACAGGCACACAUUAUGUGUACGAUGGAAGAGUUGAUGCCAUCCCUUGGCAGCUCUGUCCCUUCUCCUUCCAUUCUAGCUGUAACCAUUUGCCAGUCAGAUUCCACCCUCCAAAAUGUUGGCAAGCUUUAUUCUGACGUACAACGGGUUUCUUCUCCUGAUGUGGAUUUCGAUACUCCUUUGGAUUUUUAUGAUGAAUCUCUUCUUGUUUCUAAGACACAUUUGAUCUCCAUAUCUGAUGAUGGAAAAAUAUGGAACUGGCAACUGACUAUUGAAGGGGCUGAAGCUGUUCUAAACAAUAUUACAGACUUAGGCAUGGUUGCUGAUGAUAGUGAAGUGUCAGUUCAAGAGACAAGUACCAACAAUGUUGUUACUUCUAGUGCACCUGCAUUGGAAGCUGCUACACAGCUGGCACAUGUUAAUAGCAAGAGAAGUUGCCCAUCUCACUCAUCUUCAAGCCAGACAGACAUGUCAUUUAAGAUUAGCCUAGUUGGGCAACUUCAUCUUCUUUCUUCUACAGUUACCAUGCUUGCUGUACCCUCCCCUUCUCUGACAGCUACUUUGGCCCGUGGGGGGAAUGAUCCUGCUGUAGCUGUUCCGCUGGUUGCAUUAGGAACUCAAAGUGGGACAAUUGAUGUUGUUGAUGUUUCAGCCAAUGCCGUUGCGGCAAGUUUUUCUGUUCAUAACAGUGUGGUUAGGGGAUUACGGUUUCUUGGAAAUUCUAGAUUGGUCUCAUUCUCUUAUGUACAGGUGAAUGAGAAAACUGGCGGCUACAUUAAUAGGCUUGUUGUAACCUGUCUUAGAAGUGGUCUUAAUCGAACAUUUCGGACUUUACAAAAGCCAGAACGUGCUCCCAUAAGAGCUUUAAGGGCUUCUUCAUCUGGAAGGUAUCUUCUGAUUCUCUUUCGUGAUGCACCUGUUGAGGUGUGGGCAAUGACAAAGAGUCCCAUCAUGCUUAGGUCAUUAGCUCUUCCCUUCACGGUAUUGGAAUGGACACUUCCAGCAGCUCCACGGCCAGUUCAAAGUGGAUCUUCUGGGAAAUCGUCUCUUUCUAAAGAUCGUACAGCUGUGACACCUAGUGGAGCAUCUUCCCAAACAACAGCACCUUCAACUGAUCCUAAAACUGUGACCUCUGAUGGAUCUCAAGAUGAUACUUCAGAAAGUUUUGCAUUUGCACUAGUAAAUGGUGCACUUGGAGUUUUUGAGGUUCAUGGACGAAGAAUUCGAGACUUCAGACCAAAAUGGCCCUCGUCUUCAUUUGUUUCAUCUGAUGGGUUGGUUACGGCUAUGGCUUACCGCAUGCCUCAUGUAGUUAUGGGGGACAGAUCAGGGAACAUACGGUGGUGGGAUGUAACAACUGGACAGUCUUCCUCAUUUUACACUCAUAGAGAAGGAAUUAGAAGAAUCAAAUUCUCACCUGUGGUCGCUGGUGACCGUAGCAGAGGGCGUAUUGCUGUACUAUUUUAUGACAAUACAUUUUCAGUGUUUGAUCUUGAUUCGCAGGAUCCAUUAGCUAAUUCCCUUUUACAGCCUCAGUUUCCUGGAACCCUUGUAUUGGAACUGGAUUGGUUGCCUUUGCGAAGUGAUAAAAACGACCCGCUGAUAUUAUGCAUUGCUGGAGCUGAUGGUAGCUUUCGCCUUGUUGAGGUUAAUAUAAAUGACAAAAAAAAUGGCUCCAGACCCCAGCCCAGAGCUAUUAAAGAGAGGUUCAGGCCAAUGCCUUUAUGUUCUCCCAUAUUACUUCCUACACCACAUGCCCUGGCAUUGCGGAUGAUCCUGCAACUGGGUGUAAAGCCCUCUUGGUUCCAUGCAUCCAGAGCUGCAAUGGAUAAAAGACACUACCAAACUGUAGGAAUUCCUUCACCCAGAGGUGAUCUUCGCAGUUAUAUGAUAGAAUCACAGCCUGUUGGUGACCCUGUAGUUCCAGAGUUGCUCCUUAAGGUGUUGGAACCUUAUCGAAAAGAAGGUUGCAUACUUGAUGAUGAGAGGGUUAGACUGUAUUCCACCGCUGUGAAUAAAGGGUCUGCUGUGAGGUUUGCAUUUGCAGCUGCAAUCUUUGGUGAAUCCUCAGAAGCAAUUUUCUGGUUACAAUUGCCUCGAGCGCUUAACUAUUUGAUGAAUAAGUUAGCAAACAAAUCUCAGCGGAAAGUCCCUGCACCGAUACCUGUUUCAGAGGUUGAUGACACCUCUAUAUUGAGUAGAAUAACAUCAAAGGGGAACUCAGUGCCAGGAAUGGGCAAGAGGGAUCCAGUGCAUCAUGGUCAACUCAAGUUGAUGGCCUUUGAGCAAGAAGAUUUGUGGGAAACUGCUACUGAGCGUAUACCCUGGCAUGAGAAAUUGGAGGGAGAAGUGGCUAUUCAGAACCGUGUACAUGAGCUCGUGUCAGUUGGCAACUUAGAAGCUGCUGUUAGUUUACUGCUUUCUACUUCUCCGGAGAGCUCUUUCUUCUAUGCAAAUGCUUUACGAGCAGUUGCCCUUUCUUCUGCUGUAUCAAGGUCUCUGCAUGAACUUGCUGUUAAGGUUGUUGCAGCAAACAUGGUCAGGAUUGACAAAACAUUGUCUGGCACUCAUCUUCUCUGUGCUGUUGGAAGGUACCAGGAAGCUUGUUCUCAGCUACAAGAUGCUGGAUGCUGGACAGAUGCUGCUACUUUGGCUGCUACCCAUUUAAAAGGAUCAGACUAUGCAAGGGUGUUGCAAAGGUGGGCAGAUCAUGUCCUUCACAUGGAACACAACAUCUGGAGGGCUCUGAUUUUGUAUAUUGCAGCUGGUGCACUGCAAGAGGCACUGUCUGCACUUCGCGAAGCACAGCAACCAGACACAGCUGCCAUGUUCGUACUUGCUUGCCGUGAAAUACAUACGGAUUUCAUCUCCCAUUUAGGAGAUUCAGAUGAUGAAUCAGGGUCUUCAAUUAAGGAUAGGCAGUUCAUCUUGCCUGGGUUGAAUCCAGAGAAUGAAGAUGUUAUUGCAGUUGGUGAAUGUUAUGGACAAUACCAAAGAAAACUAGUGCAUCUCUGUAUGGACUCGCAGCCAUUUUCCGAUUGAGCGCGUGGAGCAGGUGGAUGCCUGCCGAUUCCCAGUAGCUUGUCCUUUUUUUUUUUUUUUUUAACUGUGAAUACCGCCAAUUUUUCACGCAAGCAACAAGUAUCUGGGUCAAUAGACUCAAUACCCAUGUGCUGGAUUCACUGGCAGGUCCUCCCCAGUUCAGAAGUUUGCAAUUCAUUACAGUUUUGACUUGGCCCUCCCUCGACCACCUUCCCCAAAGUUUUAUCUUGUGGCAGGGCGCUUGCUUUCUGUAUUUUCCUUAGGUUUGCUUGUUUUUGUUUUGGGGAGGGAUUUGCCGUUGGAAUUGUGUUGUAGCUAAAAAAGGGCGAUGAUGUUUGUGGCUCAUAGAAAAUUUUGGCCAGCAGUCAUAUCCCUAAUUCCAGUUAGGGCUUUGAUGCCAAUGGCUUCUCUCGUGGGCAUUGGUGUUGGAUCACUUUUUAUUUUCCAUUUUUUGGCUACUUACCAGGGAUUUGGCAACAGUUAAAAAUUUAUAUUGGUGAGUCAACCGUCUGCCUAUGCUUCCAUUGGCAUUUCAUUUUCUAAUUACUUUUGGGAUUUUAACAUUUUCUCCUGCGUCUGUUGGCCUUGCUCAGGAACAUCGUCAUUCGGUGGGGUCAAAAGUUGCUCGUGGAGCAUAGAAGAUUUUUGGUUUGCUUGCCACUGAACGUCUUUGUACGACUUCUACAGAACAUAGCGACUAUAACAAUUUCAAAGGGUUCUCAUUAACAUUUUCAUUUUUCAGUGUCAAACGAGAAAUCAGUCCCUGCUCGAGAAAAGAAAAUUAAGGAUAUCUACUUAGUCAAAUUUUUUCUUUGUAUUAAAAAUAAACAAAUUCUCUAUAUGUUUUAAAUUAAUAAAAAUUAAAUGUUAAGUAUGCAUAAAUUU